AUGUCCGCGUCGCCGUCGAGCGCCAUGUCUGUGGACGCCCCGAAGCGUAAAAGGUCACCCUCAGAAGACGGCGAACACGAUGCACCGCCAGCGACACGGCGGCGCUCGGCGUCCCCCUUGCCUGACGGGAUCCCUCGCAUCAACGACCCCGACCCCGUCCGCCGCGCGGAGCGCGAGCGCCAGCUCGCGGCACGUGUCGCCGCGCUCGAGCUCGAAAAGAGCGACAAGCCAAAGGAGAAGGAGAAGGACCCGGAGGCGGAUGCGAAGGCCGAGUUCCAAAAGCUGCUCAACACGCGCUCUGGGGGCGUCUACAUGCCCCCUGCGCGCCUGCGUGCGCUUCAGGCUGCGGCGGCAUCCGACAAGUCGAGUCCGGAGUACCAGCGCCUGGCUUGGGAUGCACUGCGCAAGAGCAUUACGGGUAUCGUGAACAGGGUGAACACGCUCAACAUCAAGCAAGUUAUUCCGGAGCUCUUCCAGGAGAACCUGAUUCGGGGGCGGGGCCUGUUUGCGCGGAGCAUCAUGAAGGCGCAGGCAGCCAGUUUACCCUUCACGCCCGUCUUCGCGGCGCUCGUGGCGGUCAUCAAUACGAAGCUGCCGCAGGUGGGCGAGCUGCUGCUCACGCGGCUGAUCAGUCAGUUCCGCAAGUCGUUCAAGAGGAACGACAAGACGAUAUGCCAUGCGGCCACUACGUUCAUUGCUCACCUUGUCAACCAAGGAGUCGCCCACGAAAUCAUCGCCCUCCAAAUCCUCGUUCUGCUUCUCGAACGCCCCACGGACGAUUCCAUCGAGAUCGCCGUAGGCUUCAUGCGCGAGGUCGGCGCCUUCCUCCAGGAAAAUUCACCAAAGGGCAACACCAUCGCCUUCGAGCGCUUCCGCGCGGUCCUCAACGAGGGAAAAAUCAGCCACCGCGUGCAGUACAUGAUCGAGGUGUUAAUGCAAGUCCGCAAGGACCGCUACAAGGACAACCCCAUUAUCCCGGAAGGCUUGGACCUCGUCGAGGAGGACGAGCAGAUCACGCAUCAGAUCCACCUUGAGGAGGAGCUUCAGGUGCAGGAAGGCUUGAACAUCUUCAAGUUCGAUCCGAACUACCUGGAGAACGAGGAAAAGUACAAGGCUAUCAAGGCGGAGAUCCUCGGCGAAGGCUCUGACGAUGAGGAGGAAUCUGGCUCUGAGGAAUCUAGCGAAGAGUCUGACGACGAAGGAGUUGCGGAAGAGAAGGAGGGCAUCGAGGACAGGACGGCCACAAACCUCACCAAUCUUCGCCGCGUCAUCUACCUCACCAUCAUGAAUGCGCUGAACUAUGAAGAAGCGGUACAUAAGCUGCUCAAGGUUCAGCUCAGCGAGGGUCAGGAGAUCGAACUGGCGAAGAUGAUCAUCGAGUGUUGUUCGCAGGAGCGCUCUUACUCGACCUUCUACGGCCUCGUUGGCGAGCGCUUCUCGAAGCUUAACCGCGUCUGGACAGACUGCUUCGAGGAAGCCUUCACCAUCUACUACGACACCAUCCACCAGUACGAGACGAACCGGCUGCGGAACAUCGCGCGCUUCUUCGGGCACCUGUUCUCCUCGGACGCGAUCUCGUGGAACGUGCUGCGCGUGGUGAAGGUGAACGAGGACGACACGACGUCGAGCUCGCGCAUUUUCAUCAAGAUUAUGAUGCAGGAGAUGAUGGAGGCGAUGAGUCUUAAGGGGCUGGCGGAAAGAUUGAAGGACCCGGAGAUCAGGGAUGCGACGAGGGAUAUGUUCCCGAUGGAUGUGCCGAAGAACACAAGGUUCUCGAUCAACUACUUUACGAGUAUCGGGCUGGGUCUGGUGACGGAGGAGAUGCGCGAGUAUCUGAAGAAUGCGCCGAAGAUCAUCAUGGAGCAGCGCCGGGCGAUGUUGGAGAACGAGUCCUCGAGCUCCGAUUCUGACUCUUCAGAUUCGGAUAGCUCGUCGGAUUCUGACUCUGAUUCCGACUCCGACUCGGACAGCGAUGACGAUCGCUACCGCCGCCGCUCGCGCACGCCGCCUCGCAAGCCUCGGGACUCGCCCCCACGUCGCGGCAGCCGCUACGAGCGCUCCGUGUCUCCACCCCGUCGCCGUGGGGAUUCGCCGCCCCGCCGUCGUGGGGACUCGCCGCCUCGGCGUCACAGGGACUCCCCUCCUCGUCGCCCGUCACCGUCUAGGUCGCCUCCUCCUCGCCGCCGGGGUCGUGAUGACAGCGUUAGCCCUCCGCCUCGCAGGCGUAGGGACUCGCGAGCUAUGGAUGACUCUCCGCCGCGCAGGCGUGACUCGCCUCCGAGGUACAGGGACCCCCCGCCCAGGCGUCGGCGGGGUGACUCUCCUCCUCGCCGUGUACGGGACGACUCUCCACCUCGUCGCACUCGCGAUGACUCCCCUCCUCGUCGUCCGCGCGAUGACUCGCCGCCGCCUCGUCGUGCCCGUGAUGAUUCGCCACCUAGGCGCUAUCGGGAUCGCUCCCCUCCGCCUCGCCGUCGUGGCGACUCUCCGCCUCCUCGCAAGGGGCGUCCCGUGUCGCCUCCUCCUAAGGGCGCACGCACGCCACCGUACAACAAGAGCGAUAGAGGGUACGAGAGGGACGGUGGCCGUGCUGGGGACAGGUCGCCUCCGCCGCAUUUGCGAGACCGUGACUACGACAGGCGCCGGUGA